GUCAGCUCUGCUGCGAUUUUCGCCUUGCAAUUGACAGCUACUGGCGCAGCAACGAUUUCGGCUGGCACAGACCACAGUUGCUGGAUCACUUCAGAUUCCGAACUGUGGUGUUGGGGUCGCAGUACUGAAGGCCAAUUGGGUCAAGGAAGUACUGCAACUGUUGGUGAUGCAAGCACUCUGCCACAACCUGUCGAUUUGGGAAUUGGGCGCUUUGCCAAAGCAGUCGAAUCAGGCAAUACGCAUGUGUGCGCCAUUUUGGACGAUGAUUCCUUGAAAUGCUGGGGCUCUGGUUCCUACGGACGCUUAGGGCUGGGAUCCACCAGUCACAUGGGAGACGACCCGGAUGAGAUGGGCGACUCCCUCCCUGCCAUCGAUCUGGGAGGGCGAAGCGCCACUAGCAUUGCAAUGGGCAAUUUCCACAGCUGUGCUGUGCUUGACAACCUGCAGAUGAAAUGUUGGGGUUACGGCCAAUAUGGGCAGCUUGGGCAGGGAACGCAAGAAGACCUGGGAGAUGAAGCCUUUGAGAUGGGUGAGAAUCUCUCCUACAUAGACCUGGGAAGCAACCGAACGGUUGUGCAAGCUGCAGCUGGCGGAUUACACACCUGUGCUUUGUUGGACAAUCAUGCCAUCAAAUGUUGGGGCCAUGGAGGCUAUGGUCAACUUGGCCUUGGGCACACUGAGACAAUCGGUGAUGAUGCAAAUGAAAUGGGAGACAAUCUCUCAACAGUUGAUUUGGGCAGCGGAAGGACAGCUCAACAAGUUGCAGCCGGUGCUUGGCACAGCUGCGCCUUGCUGGAUGAUUUUUCCGUGAAAUGUUGGGGUGCUGGACUCAGUGGGCAGCUUGGCCAAAACGACCAGCUGAAUAUUGGUGAUUCGGCCAACGAGCUGGGCGAUGCGCUACCAGCAAUCAAUCUGGGCUCAACGGCUCUCAAGGUUGUUGCAGGUGCCCUGCACACUUGUGCCAUCUUGUUGGGGCAUUUGACGAAAUGCUGGGGCUGGGGUUAUUAUGGCCAACUUGGCAAUGGAAAUUCCACGAACAUUGGAGAUGAUGCAAAUGAGACGGAAAAUUUGAGUGCCAUUGAUUUCGGUUCGCAACUUUCUACAGAAGUUGCUGCUGGUGGCUAUCAUACCUGUGUGCUGAGACAAGAAGAUUCCAAUGAUGCUGUCACUUGCUUCGGGUCAGGUGUAUACGGCCAAUUGGGUGAUGGAACCUUUCUCGACCUUGGUGACAGCCCAGAUGAGAUAGGAGAAAGUUUCUCAGCAGUUACACUCACCACAACCACAUGCAGUAUCACAACGUCCUUAACGUCUUCCAGAGCAACGAGCAGCUCGAGCACGAACACAGUCACCCAGACAAGCUCAACAAGCACAAACAGCACGAAGACCACAACCAGUACCAGCAGAACAAGCACCAGCAGCAUCACCGCCAGCACCACGAGCAACUUCACCACCAGCACCACGAACAAAUCCGAGUCUGCUACAGCUACAUCCACAUCGAUCACAUCCACCAGAACGUUGACAAGCAGCUUGACAAGCACCACGAGCAACUUCACCACCAGCACCACGAACAAAUCCGAGUCUGCUACAGCUACAUCCACAUCGAUCACAUCCACCAGAACGUUGACAAGCAGCUUGACAAGCACCACGAGCAACUUCACCACCAGCACCACGAACAAAUCCGAGUCUGCUACAGCUACAUCCACAUCGAUCACAUCCACCAGAACGUUGACAAGCAGCUUGACAAGCAGUCUGACAAAUACUGUGACAAGUACUGCCACCAGUACACUCUCUACCGCUACAGCUUAUACUCAAACCAGCACCAGCACACUAGGAACGAGCACAAGUCUCACAAGUCUCAGCGUCACUUCCAUGGGGAGUACGACCAGCGCUGUUACAAGGCUGACCACAAACACGAUCACCGUCACUAGCACCGCUACAGCCGCAACUGACACGACUUCGACGACCGGAUCUGUAGCAUCUUUGAGCGGUGCUGGUGCUGGUGAUGCUGGUGCCACAGUCACUUCGACUCCAAGCACAACUCUUUCUGCCCUCACUUCGGCAAGCUCGACAACUUCGACAGUUUCGGAGUGUUUAUCCGAUUGCAGUUCGAGCAUUUCGACAACCUUCACCAGGACAGAAGCUUCGCCAGUGAGUGCUACGGCAUCGCUUUUAUUCAGCGACUCCAUUGAUCCGCUGGAGGAAACGCAGGAGACUCAGGAGCCGAUGGAGGUCUCACAAGCCAGCGUCCUGGUUCCAGCAUUAGCCGCAGCUUCCGUCGUCAUUUGCUGUGUCUUUGGAUGUUUGCUUGUCAAGUUGCGGAAAGCCUGCAAAGCACGAGCAAAGGUUGCUCCGAAAGACCCUGAGAAGAAUCGCUAUGAGGCCUUUGUUGAUGUGCUGCCUGGAGAGGUGCACAGCGUGUACGAUGCUGACAAAGAUAUUCCAGGCGAAAUCGGCGAGGAAUCCUCCGGAGACAGCCAAGCUGAUGCACAGGAGGGUGAGGACGCAUCAGAUGAAGAAAAUCGUGUUCAAGAUGUUCAAGAAGAGCAUGAAAACGAUGCAAAGCAGGCGCAGUAG